UUAACAAAACACAACAACACAACAAUAACAUAUAACUCUUCACAAUCCACCCAAGUGAAUUAACAACAAAUUCUUCCGGCAAACCAAAUCACAUCAAAUCUUGUCACCAUGGCUCACACAACCGAAACCUACUACUACUACGUCCCCAAUCUUCAGGCCCUCGACCCCACAGCUCGCGAAGUCGACCCUUCAGCUUACGCCUGGGUGCAACCCACAAUCAUCGAGGAUGAGGAUCUCACUUUUGGCGGAAAGGCUUUGAGUACCUGGUACGAGGAGGAUCGUCGUCGUCACAGCAGUGGCAGCGAUGAGGAGGAGCGACGCGGUCGUGAGCGUGUGCGAAGAAACUACUCGCGCUCCGGCAAGUCGCACAAGAAAUAAAUAUAUUUCUUUUCUCCUCUAGAAGCAAGGAAGCGAAUGCGGUUCUCGACACUAUGAUACCCCUUUAGACAACCGACACCUGAACUUUAC